AUGAGGUCCUUGCGCUGGCCGGUGGCGGUGGCCCUCGGCCUCGCCCUGGCUCUAGAGGCCUUGCCUGCGGUGCUGCGUUGGCUGCGGGGCGAGCGGCGGCGACGGCCCCGACGCGAAGUGCUCUUCUUCCCGUCGCAGGUGACCUGCACGGAGGCUCUGCUGCAGGCCCCCGAUGCGCCGCUGGCCGCAGCCGGGCCCUCAGCCUUGACCCCGGCAGCGCCCGGGGGCUGCCAGUGCAGCCUGCCGCACGGCGAGAGCUCACUGAGCAGCCUGCUCCGCGCCCUGCUCACCGCCCGCGCUAGCCUCGAGCUCUGCCUGUUUGCCUUCUCCAGUCCGCAGCUAGGCCGCGCUGUGCAGCUGCUGCAUCAGCGCGGCGUGCGCGUGCGGGUCAUCACCGACUGCGACUACAUGGCGCUCAACGGCUCGCAGAUCGGUCUGCUCCGCAAGGCAGGUAUUCAGGUUCGGCACGAUCAAGACCUGGGCUACAUGCACCACAAAUUUGCAAUUGUGGAUAAAAAGGUGCUGAUCACAGGCUCACUCAACUGGACCACACAAGCCAUCCAGAACAAUAGAGAAAAUGUUCUGAUUAUGGAAGAUGAAGAGUAUGUGAAAGUUUUCCUGGAAGAGUUUGAGCGUAUUUGGGAAGAGUUUAACCCUACAAAGUAUACUUUUUUCCCACAAGAAAAGAAAAUUCACUGA